UUCAAAAUGGAGUCGGCUUCGUGACAGCGAGGCAUUGCAACGUGGCCGGAUGAUUAAAACACAGAUAAUUGCGUGGUAUUUUUCGAUUUACAACAUUUGUGUAUAAUUCCAGGAUCAUUGACAUCAAGGUUACCCAUCUGACGUAAACUUUGUGAGAACAAGAUGUCAGCCAUCAUUGAAGAGCCCCAAACACAAUCAAAGCAAAAUGUUAUAGCAAGAGCUUUCCGACAUUAUUGUGAGCGUCACCAGUACUGGUUAGACCGGUCCACUCCCCACAAUACAGGGAGAUGGGUUUUCACAGUUGUCUUGGCACUCCUGUAUCUACUCAGGGUCUAUCUGCUCCAGGGCUGGUAUAUAGUAACAUAUGCUCUGGGCAUCUACCUGUUGAAUCUAUUUAUAGCUUUCCUUACACCAAAAAUAGAUCCUGCUCUUUUAGAUGACAAUGAUGAUGGUCCAUCAUUGCCAACCAAAGCAAAUGAAGAGUUUCGUCCUUUUAUGAGAAGGUUACCAGAAUUUAAAUUUUGGUACUCUGCCUCCAAGGCCAUAUUUGUGGCAAUGAUAUGUACAUUUUUUGAUGCACUUAACAUCCCUGUGUUCUGGCCUAUCCUCGUCAUGUAUUUCAUCAUUCUGUUCACCAUUACCAUGAAGAGGCAGAUAAAACAUAUGAUAAAGUAUAGGUAUCUGCCAUUCAGCCAUGGAAAAGCAAAAUACAAGGGCAAGGAGGAUUCUGGUAAAGUUAUGGCCAAUUAGAUAAACCAGAGAAUUUGAGAAGGACAUCGUUGGGUCUUCACCUCAUCAACUGUAGAGACCAAUGGUGCCAUGGUCUGUUGGAACAGAUGUGUACAGAACUUUUAACUGUUGUCAUAGUCAAAUGAAUUUGAUGUCCUGAAUGUUCUUCAGUGGAGAGUUUGAAAGUGGUACAUAUAGCUUGUGAGUUAUCUCCCCUGGAUACAUAGUAGUUACCUCCCCUGUUCAUGUUAUGAACUUGAAAAACGGUUGGACGAUGCACAAGGCGUAUGUCCUGUUGAUUUUGUUAGCUUUUAAAGUAGUAAACCAACAAACUUACCUUUUUCAGGUUCAGCAAUGGGAGUUUUUGUUUUGAAAAUUUGAAAUAAUUCUUAUUUGGGCAAUCAGUCUGCAGUGUUUUUUCUUCAUUACUGUUACACAGUCACCAUGUUCACUGUUACUUCGAGGGUUAAAAGGUAUGCUCAAGUUUGCUAUUUUGUUUCCAUUGAUAAUGUAUAUAUCUGUAAUAGUGAGGAAGAAAAACUGUUUUGACAGUAUGGUGGAAUGUUGUGUAAAGAAUAGGGUAUACUGUCAUUCAGUUAUUUUUGUCGUGAAAACAUAAUCAACAAGUUCCUAAAACGUAAUUAUUUGUGUGUUAUUAAUGAUAUAAUAAAUGAAAUAGAUGAAAAUUUUGUAUUAUCUUUGGUGCAAUUAAUAAAACACAGUCAUUCUUCUGCUUAGCAGUCAUUAAUAUGCACUUACACACUGUAUGGAUAGUAUAUGAACAACCACCUUGGUACAACUCUCAGCUUGUUAUGUCGUGAUGCCAUAGGGAGGGCUGUCGUCUCAGUUCACUGUGCAGAGUAGCAUCCCUUAGGCGUAUCAGAAACUAGUGGGUUUGAAUCCCAGAUUUGCCCUGGUUUUUUGUCAGCACACUAACCAUGCUUCAGGCUUUUCAAAAACUGAUGAACAUCGAACACCUGCAUAUCACUUUGGGAUUGCCCCAGAAUCAAGCGGAUGCAUAAAUGAUAUAUCAGAAAUACUAUUGAAGGCAGUGUAAAACAAAACACACUUAGUGUGUUCAAACUGUCGACAGCUAGUUUAUCAGGCCCAGGUCAGACUGGGUGCUUUAACAUAUUGCCAACUGAGGCAUGAUCUCUGCUAAGUAUAAGCUCGUUUCCUUAUGCCCCUGUCCAUGUUUAUUCUUUAUACACAAAGUACAUCACUUAGAAAUUCAGCUAAGCUUAUUGUAUUACUUGAUUCUCAGACUUAUUGAGGAGGCUAAAAACCUGCUGUUGCAGUGUGAAAAUAACAAGUAAAACUAGAAUCGGCUCCUACAAUAAUUGAGAUAUCCAGAGUUGGUACAAGAUCAUUUUCCCUUCAAGAAAAUAAAUUACUCUAAAUUUCAUCAUACAUUUUCACAGGUAUUGGGUCAAGUAUGAAAGUCAGUCUCAAUAUGCACCAAACAGUUAACAAAUAAAUGGAAAUGUUUUGGGUUUUUUAAAUAAAGAAAAAAAUAGAAGUCUCAUCACUUUCUUGCCAGUCCAACUUUUAGUGUUGCACAUAGCAGUAUUCUAGCUACAUGACAUCUAAUAGAGUUAGACAUUAUAGAAUCUAAAUCAGAGAAAGCAGUAAGUUAUGUAAUGAUUCAAGUCGGGGUAUGUUGACGCAGUCAACUGAGUCACCAGUCCACUAUGUCUCCUCAACAGGCACAGGAUUUGGAGGCCCUAUUCUAACAUGUGGGAUAGGAGCAGUAAAUUGUCCUUAGCCUUAACCUCGUUACAAGAUUUAUUUAGUCUGAUCAAAACAAGCAGUCAUUCAUUAAAAUCUGUUGAUAUAAUUGAAACAUAUGUAUCUCUGAUGCAAGUAAUAUAAAAACCCUCUCAAUAUGGUUUCACUAAGUUAAACCUUAUUACUUCAUUGUAUAUAGAUCUAUUUAUUUCCUGUUGGGUGACGCUCAAAUGUAGAUCAGAAUUAAGAAUUUUCAGAUAUGAUUAUCAUUUGAUUUCUGGAUUUCAACAGUAAUAAUCAGAGUUUUCUGUCAGUUUUAUGAACAGUGAAUGGCGACAUGCUUUCUGUCGAAGACUGAAGGCAAAUCAAACUGUAUGUAGCGUGUAUCUCAUCAUAUUCAUGUAUGUUUUGUUAGUGCAUGUUCAACCGGGACAGCUCUGUAUCUACAACCAUCGCCCUCAUCCUGCCAUGUCAUUUGAUCAUCAACCAAAUCACACCUCGCCCCUUUUUAAUAAAUGACCGGUCCUAAGCAUGAAUGAUGAUUGUCCUGUUCUUUAUCUUGCUUUGCUGGGAAAUGAUAACAAAGUACUGAACUAUCACAUUAACCAGAAAUAACACUGUAUAGACACGAGCAGGGUAACUUGUAUCAUAAGGAGAGUUAAUUCAGUUAAAACAUUGACAUGCCCUGUAUUAGGAUGCUUGGCUUGCUGUGGUAUAAUUUUGGACUAUCCAAAUACCAGAUAAACAGUUCCUGGUACUCUCCUGGAAAAAUCUCCGAUUCCAUGCUCAGUGCCCUUGGCAGGCUCACUGUGGAAAAAUCGUUAUUUUGUUCAAAAUUGGGAUAAUAUUUUGUAUUUUCUGACAUUUGGAAGUGUUUCAACAUUGAAGUCAAUGCAGAAAUAUGAAGAAUUAAACCUCUUUCUUUAUAUUAGUCCUGUUAUGAGUGAAAUCAGUUCUCUGCAAAGCCAUAACUACCAGUAUACUAACAUGAAUUGGGAAAUUGUUCAUUCCUGUUUUUGGAAUUGUUACUGACAUUUGCCUCCCAGCUGGUCUAGAUAAACCCCUGCCUCUCUCCUGAAGUCACUGACACUUUAGGAUUAGAAGAGGAUCUACAAAAGGAAUGUUAUUUCUAUGGAGUGUACACUGCUAACAAGAAUAUAUGCCAUAUCCAAGAACUAAGGCGUAAUAAUUCUCCUUGUUGCACCACGGCCAUCUUGAUCAUAUGGUCGCUGUACAAUGCAUGAUACAAGACAAUGCAUGAACAUUCUAGAGUUGUCUUGAAACAGUCAUAUUCUCAUAGGAAGAAUAUUCUGUCAACAAACAGCAUAUUCAUUACUUGAGUCACUUCAUGGCACAUGCAUAGAUUUUGAGGCCUUGAUGCGUACCAUCUGAUGCAAGUAUUUUACAAAUAGACGGUAUCCUUAUAUGUACUGACCUCUGCUUUGGUUGGUUCUGAAUCAAUACCUAGACACAAAUUAUCUAUUGUAGUGACUCUUCAGAGAAUUAUGUACAGGCUAAAAGAAUAAAAGGUUAUGUUUUUCGAGCACAGGCUCAUUUCUUUCAAUCCUGUGCGUUAGUAAUAUUUAUUGCUAAAAAAUAUUAUUCUUGUUAACCAUAAAAUGACAUGCUUGACAACAGAUUUUGUAUCAAAGAGCCAAGGUCAAUGUGUGCCCUGUUGUGUUAAGAAAAUAAAGUGUUCCUCCCAUGUCCCUUUUGUUUUCAGUAUCUAAAAAUAUUUUUAAAGUCUUACUGCCCUCGUCACUUUUGAGAAGAACGAUACUGAGAAACAUUUCUUUUUUGUAGCCUUACAGAAUAAACUAGGUUCCAACUUUGUGAGGCUAUUUCUCUCUUGCAAUAAUUGCUACAAAUGAUAUUUUAUGUUUGUUUUUUUCUAAAGAAACUAGAAUGCUUAGUAAUAUAUACACAUAUAUAUGAGUCUAGUCAGAAAAAGGAUUUUAUAGCAAAGGUUGUUUUAGAUUUUAAUUUUUGAUGUAAUGUUUGCUUUAUAGACAGUGAGUGUACAAUUAUCCUCAUUCCCAAUAUUUGUAGAUACUUGUUGGUAAUAUCAGGGAUAGAAAUAACUUGGUUAGUAUACCAGCCCCAAUAGUGAAACCAAUAGGAACAACAUGUUAAGAUUCUGCCAGCCGAUACCUUUAACAAUAGCAAAACUAGAACAGAUUAACAAGCUAGUGCUAAUUUCUAUCCCUGGACUAGAUACAUGUUCGUUACGUAGAUGUCCAUGAGUUUAUUUCUAGAUGCUGCUGACUCGUUGCCGGUUUGUAGAUUGAGAUGUUUAGAUAACCAGAAUUGAGGUUUUGGUGAAAUAUGAGACCAUUGUUGUGUACUGGGAGAUGAAUCCCAACUAUUUGAUUGUGUGUAUAUCUGGACUUCAAUAGGCUAAGCUUUCAAAUGUCAUAGAUCUGCCUUCAAACUAUGCAUCAUCACUGUUUCCUGCAGCUAACAGAAAAAAAAUAUACUACACAAAAGAAGCUGAAGAACAUGACAGAUUAACUACAGGCAUUUGAAAAGAAAUCAGGUGUUCCUUAACUUCUUUUGAGUAGUAUAUAUGGUUUUCAGAUUAUACUGUUCAUUCACAUGACACAUUUUUAGAUUUGUCUGUUUGAGGAUGUUUGAAGAUUAUUAUGCAGAGAUGUAAGUAUUAAAGAAGUUUAUGAAAACGCAGUAUUUGCGUCAAAAGAUUUCUCAAGAACAGCUGGUUACAUGCUUUGAGCAAAGCAGGAAACGUGACUGAGCCAGAUGUAUGACUGCAUGAUUCCGAGUCCUGCCACAUGUACAGUGAUGAAUGCAACAACACAUGUAUAUAGACAUCACCAAUAUCAGAUUAUAAAAUAUUGAUAUCUGA